AUGGGAGGCUGCUCGUCGUUUGACGCGCUCGUCGAGGGCGGCGCCCGCCUGCUCGCCUCGUCGGACGAGGAGCUCUUCCACGAGGCGGGCGUGUGGAUCCCGUCGACAGCGGAGUGGCUCGUCACGUCCAACCGGCUCAAGGCCGGCACGCCCGAGACGCACGUCAAGAUCCUGGCGGUGCACUUCCCGUCCGGCGCCGUGCGCCGGCUCGAGGCGCUCGAGGCCCAAAUCGUCAUGGGCAACGGCGGCACGACGGACUUCGCCGGCGGCGCCUACCUGUGCUCGCAGGGCCUCGGCGAGCAAACCGGCUCGCUGUGGCACGUGGACGCGAGCCUGUCCGUCGGCACGCGCGUCGGCCCGCCCGAGGGCCUCGUGCUCAAUUCGCUCAACGACGUCGUGCUCCACCGCGCCUCCGGCCGCCUCCUCUUCACCGACCCGGCGUACGGCAUCGAGGUCCAGGGCUUCCGCACGACCUUCCACGCCUCCAAGGCCGUGUGGGGCGUGCCCGCGGACCCCGAGAAGGCGGCGCACGCGGCGAGCUGGGCCAUGCUCAACGAGUGCCACGACCAGCCCAACGGCGUGCUGCUGUCGCCCGACGAGCGCAUCGCGUACGUCACCGACGUGUGGAGCGGCAAGUGGCACAACAACCCCGACGUCCAGCUGCGCAACGCCGCGGGCGCAGGCGGCGAGCAGAGCAGGAUCCACGCCUUCGACGUCGUGCACGACGCCGCGCAGGGCACGGUCGCGCUGGCCAACGCGCGCACCUUCGUCGACCUUCGCGAGGAGCCUAAGCCUGCCGAGGGCUACCCCGACGGGAUCAAGUGCGACGAGCACGGCAACGUGUACGCCGGCUGCGGGGGGGGCGUGCGCGUGUACGCGCCGUCGGGCCACUUCCUCGGGCGCAUCGCCGUCAAGGGCGGCGUCGCGAACCUGUGCUUUGGCGGCGACGACGGGCGCACGCUGCUCAUGCUCAACGAGACGAAGGCCUUCACCGUGCGGAUGAAGGUCCGCGGGGCGCUCGAGGUGACGCAGAGCCUGAAAAGAGUACAGAGUAAAGAGUAA